AUGCAGUAGAAUGAAGGAGAUGAUAAGACCUUUACAUUAUUAGUAAAUUGUGGGUAAAGAGUUAAUGGAAAAUCAACCAUUUACGGGAUAACACCUGUGCAUAAAGCAAUAGAACAGACUUAUAAAUCAUCAAAUAAAACUAUGUUAAAAAAAGUUUUAGAAAUGGAUGCUGAUGUUAAUGUAAUAGACACAAAUGGAUGGAUCAUUGCAUCAUGCUGCUUUCUAUUGGGAAUUAUGGGCAAUAACUACUUUAAUAGAAAGAGGAGCAUAUCAAUAAAUCUCAUAUAUAAAGGAUACUAUCCAAUUCAUGUAGCAGCACUAAACAAUUAAGCAAAGGCUGUUUAAUUGCUAAUAGAGACAGGAAUGGCUUGUUAAGAGAGUUUUGUUGAUUUUCAGGAUAAUCAAAAUUGUACAUCUAUUCAUUUAGCAGCAAAAAAAUGCCAUGAUUAAGUUGUUUAGGUGUUAUUUGAAUCAGGAGCAAAUAUCUAUCAAGUUGAUAAAAGAGAUUGGACUCCUUUGCAUUAUGCAUCAUUUUAUCAAAAUAGAAAUGUGGUUCAUUUAUUAAGCAGGUAUGAUGCAGAUGAAGAUCAGUACUGCGCUAUGAGAACAAACAAGGGUUAAACAGCUGAUUAAAUGACUACUGAUUCUGAAGUAAAGUUUGCAUCAAGACAUUAUGGAGUGCUGCUAGAGAUGGAGACUUAGAUACAGUUAGAAAACUAGUGA